GGGCCAGGGGCCACUUAAGGCGGGGCCGGGGAGUUCUGGCAGCGCAGGAGCCGGGCAGCAGAGCCAGGCUGGGCUGGCACUCACCCACGACCCCCCUUCCCUGCUAUGAUGGCCCAUCAGUAGCAGGUUCCAGACCCCCCGGGGGCAUGUGGGCAGAGCCAGCGGCAGCCAGGUGCGCAGAGCCACAAGAGCUCUAGGGCGCUCUGGGGGCAGCUCUGCCUGCUGGGCUCUCUGGUGCCGAGGGAAAUGCCCAACUGACGGGCGAGCUAGUGAGGACAAGAACCUUCCCUGUGGCCUGAGUCCUCUGCAUCCAUGGCGCUGCCGGCCAGGCUGGUGCCCCUGUGCUGCUUGGCGCUUCUGGCGCUGCCUGCCCAGAGCUGCGGGCCGGGCCGGGGACCUGUUGGCCGGCGCCGCUACGUGCGCAAGCAGCUUGUGCCGUUGCUCUACAAGCAAUUUGUGCCCAGCAUGCCUGAGCGGACCCUAGGCGCCAGUGGGCCGGCAGAGGGGAGAGUGGCAAGGGGCUCCGAGCGCUUCCGGGACCUGGUGCCCAACUACAACCCGGACAUCAUCUUCAAGGAUGAGGAGAACAGUGGUGCAGACCGCCUGAUGACCGAGCGCUGUAAGGAGCGGGUGAACGCGCUGGCCAUUGCGGUGAUGAACAUGUGGCCCGGAGUGCGCCUACGGGUGACCGAGGGCUGGGACGAAGAUGGCCACCAUGCUCAGGACUCACUCCACUACGAAGGUCGUGCCUUGGACAUCACCACGUCCGACCGCGACCGCAAUAAGUAUGGGUUGCUGGCGCGGCUGGCAGUGGAAGCCGGCUUCGACUGGGUCUACUACGAGUCCCGCAACCACGUCCACGUGUCGGUCAAAGCCGAUAACUCACUGGCGGUCAGGGCAGGCGGCUGCUUUCCGGGAAAUGCCACCGUGCGCCUGCGAAGCGGAGAGCGGAAGGGCCUGCGGGAACUGCACCGCGGCGACUGGGUGCUGGCUGCAGACGCGGCAGGCCGGGUGGUGCCCACGCCCGUGCUGCUCUUCCUGGACCGGGACUUGCAGCGCCGGGCCUCUUUCGUGGCUGUGGAGACCGAGCGGCCCCCGCGCAAGCUGUUGCUCACGCCCUGGCACCUGGUGUUCGCCGCUCGGGGGCCAGCGCCCGCACCGGGCGACUUUGCGCCGGUGUUCGCGCGCCGGCUGCGGGCGGGGGACUCGGUGCUGGCGCCCGGCGGGGACGCGCUUCGGCCGGCACGCAUAGCCCGCGUGGCGCGCGAGGAAGCAGUUGGCGUGUUCGCGCCGCUCACAGCACACGGGACGCUGCUGGUCAACGACGUCCUGGCCUCGUGCUACGCGGUUCUGGAGAGUCAUCAGUGGGCGCACCGCGCUUUCGCUCCUUUGCGCCUGCUACACGCGCUGGGGGCGCUGCUUCCCGGCGGGGCCGUCCAGCCGACUGGCAUGCACUGGUACUCUCGGUUCCUCUAUCGCUUGGCGGAGGAGCUGCUGGGCUGAGCGCGGCGGACCCAGAAACCCAGGGGCGCCUGCUGAAACCGGGGCGUUCGGGCUGAGAUCUGGGGAUGUGGGCAGCAGAGGAGGCUGACUGCGGGGGGAGGAAGGGAUAGGGGAAAAAAUGGAGGCGAGACUGGACUGCUUGGUUUAGGGGCAACCUCCAGCUGAGAGGAGAUCCCUGGUCCUAGGUAGACGGGGUUGAUGGUGGGUACUCCCUGACGAGGACUAUUUCACCUCUUCCCGAGUGCCUCGGCCCCACCCGAUUAUUUUAUUUUAUUUUCUAUUUAUAAAUUGUAAUAUAAUGAUCUGCUUGCCCCGCCUGGCAAGGUGAGGGGCCAGGGCACGGCGUUAACACUGUCUGACACAGCCAGCCAAUCUGACGUCUGACAUUUUCCUACAGGUGGGCUAAUAAAGGGAAGGCUUGCAGGAGCUUAUUGGAAAAUAUCUCUAUUCAGAGAGUAAUUCACCUCCAGAGUGGAGAAAGGGAACUAACUCCGAGGCAAUACCUUCCUUCUGACUCCUCCUACCCCACCCCAGCAGGUCUUCCCGCCUGCUUCCUCCCCUCAGAGGUGGGGCCCAAUUGUUCAGCUCCGGAGACCAGGAGACCAGAUGAGUCAUACCCUUUUCUAGGCUGUUGGUGCCUUCUCUCACCAUCCUUCUGCCCCGACGGUUCCAUACAGAAUGUUGGAGGGGACAGGGUUGUUGAAGGAGCAAGAGGGUCCAGGAACGUCCUUUCUCAUUCAUAGGGGUUCCAGCAAGGUCUCUGGCCAUUGAGUUACUGAUGCCCAGAGAAUUCUGGUCCUUGAUUGUUAGCCUGCAAUCCUGGUCCCUUCCCAAAGGCCGUGAAUCAACCUCAUUCCCAUUCUACCCUAGUGUCAGGGUCUGGAUGGGUCCCGUGUUUUAUUCUGGGAUGUCACUGGACCAACUGAUGACCCUUGGGAAUCCCUGGCUAAUUUAUAACUGAUAGUUCCCACACACUCUUGGUCAAGAGAAAGAACGGGCACAGAGGGCUGGAACUUACCUCUCCUGAAGGGCUGUGGGCAGAGAACAGCUUCAAGCCCUGGUGUGUGUGUUUGGGGGUACAAGGGGAGGCUCUCCAAGCAAGAGCAUAUAGGUAUUACAACCUGAGUCCCCUUCUUUUUUAAGCUUAUUUAUUAUUAGUAGUAGUAGUAAUCUCUACACCCAAAGUUGGGCUGGAACUUGUGACCCUGAGAUCCAGAGUCUCAUGCUCUUCCGACGGAACCAGCCAGGCACCCCGCCCCCCCCCCCCCCCCGGCAAGUCCCCUUCUUGAUCACCUGUCCUAGUUGUUUCUACUGGCUUCCUUCACCAUCUCCUCUUCCUUCCCCUGUUUUCUCUCUCUCUCGGCUUUCUUCCCUGGCCUGGGUGUUCCUGGAAACUUCAGGUUCCAAUGCAGCAGACAGGCAGGAAUUCGGGUGCCCCUGAGUUAAGAAUGGAUGCUCUGAGGAAGCUGGGCCUCAGUGGAAGGGUAAUGUCUGGGGUCUGGGGGAUGGAGGGGUUUGGUGGUACCACUGAGGAGCCAGCCCUUGCCUGUCUCAGCUGUGCACUCACAGUCCAUAGGGUCCCUGCUUUACACCGCCCCCUGGUGGCUUUCAGGAUCAGUUCUCUUCCAGACCACAGGAAAGAGAAUUAUAUACUGCAGGGAUGGGUGGACUGACCUGCGCAGAGGAGCCUUAUCUCAGGAGGUGAAAGAUGGUGUGCAGGGCUUGGUAAGUUGCCAGGGUUGAGCCACAGGUGUCAAGGGCUGGUGAGGAGUCCACACGCCUCACCUUUUGAAAACUCUUCCAAGCCUGGCAUUUUUGCAUCCCUUGUGCCUGGUUUAGCUCUGUGGCUCCCAGUUGCUGAAGGUAUAGUUGUAGCCAGAUUCUGUGAAGAUCCAAGUAGCCAGUUCAUCUCCCUCACCUUGUGACACUUGAGUUCAAUGUCUGGAGGUCAAAGCAUACUUAGGGUUCCAGGUAGUGCUUGAUAAAGGCAACAUUUGGAAGCAGAAUACGUUUACUUUUAAUGUCCUUCCACUCAGUAUUUCCUUCAAUCCAUACCAGGUACCCGUUGCCACCUUCCCCUCCCUUUUCCUGAUCUCAGAAACAUAAUCCAAGCUGUGGAUCUUUCCCCAGAGCAUCGCCUCGAAGUCAGGCAGACCUGCAGAUAAUGAUACCACCCCGAGAGGAUUGUUGACAAGAUGAGUGUAUGUGCCAAUGUGGAAUAGGCACUCAGUCCAUGUUUUCCAUGAUCUGCUCCAUUUCUCACUGCCUUUGCUGCUUUUUAUUCUCUGUCUACUUCUCUACUCACCACUCCACCAGAAGCAGGAUUUAUCCAUGAUUCCCAAAUAUUUUGGGGGCUGUGUUGCCCCUAUAAUGGUUUCAUUUCAUAACAUUCUUUCAGAAGGUGCUGUGUAAAAGAUUUGGGUUUGCUUUAAAACUAAAGUAUAAUUGGCUCGGUCGGUUAAGCGCCCAGCUUUGGCUCAGGUCAUGAUCUCUCAGUCUGUGAGUUGGAGCCUCACAUCGGGCUCUGUGCUGACAGCUCAGAGCCUGGAGCCUGCUUUGGAGUCUGUGUCUCCCUCUCUUUCUCUGCCCCUCCCCUGCUCACACUCUGUCUGUCUCCGUCUCUCUCAAAAAUAAAUAAACAUUUUUAAGAAAUUAAAAAAAACUAAAGUAUAAUUAAAAGUAAUCUUGUUUUGAGAAG